AGGAGGAGGAGCUCUAGUACCACCAGCAGCACCAGUACAGCACCAGAUUCUGCCAGCGGAAGGAUACCGAGGAUUCUGCGGGACGGUAUGAGACGGUGGAUCGGACUCAGAAGCGAACAGAACUCCUUGAUGGAAGCUGGGACGAUCCGAGCUUGAUCGGAACCGAACCUGAGCGUGUUUUUGUUGAGAGGAAUCGGCCGCAGCCAUAAUGGGAAUGCUGGGAAUCCUGCGCUGAGGAUCCGUGGCGGCUGGGCCCAGGAUCGGGAGAAAGAUGGGAAUUUGUUUUCGGAUCCUGCUGUUGUUUGGUUCCUGCUGGAUCAUCUCAGGCGAGCCUCUGCUCCUGUACGCCAACCGCCGGGACCUUCGGAUCGUGGACUUGGCGCACGAGAAAGCCAACGCCACAGUGGUGGUGGGAGGCCUGGAGGACGCCGCCGCCGUGGACUACGUGUACUCCCUGGGCCUCAUCUUCUGGAGCGACGUGAGCGAGGAGGCCAUCAAACGGACCUUUUUCAACCAGUCCGGCACCAGCAUGGCCCAGACCGUGGUGCCAGGCCUGGUCGCCCCGGACGGACUCGCGUGUGACUGGUUAGGGAAGAAACUGUACUGGACGGACUCGGAUUCCAAUCGGAUCGAGGUGGCCGAGCUGGACGGGUCUUUGAGGAAGGUUGUGUUCUGGGAGGAGUUGGACCAGCCUAGAGCAAUUGCCUUGGAUCCAGAACGAGGGUUCAUGUACUGGACAGACUGGGGCGAGAUCCCAAAGAUCGAGCGGGCCGGGAUGGACGGGACCAACCGCUCAAUGAUCAUCAACGAGGACAUCCAUUGGCCCAACGGGCUGACUGUGGACUACGACGAGCAGAAGCUUUACUGGGCCGACGCCAAGCACAACUUCAUCCACCGCUCCAACCUGAACGGCUCCUCCAGAGAGGUGGUGGUUAAAGGGGAGCUACCUCACCCCUUCGCCCUCACCCUGUACGAGGAGAUGCUGUACUGGACCGACUGGAACACCCACUGCAUCCACUCGUGUAGGAAGCAGACGGGUGAAGAGCAACGGAUCGUCCACUCCCACAUCUUCUCCCCCAUGGACCUCCACGUGUUCAGCCCUAAGAGACAACCUGUCUCGAGGAGCAGCCCCUGCUCCCAGAACAACGGAGGAUGCUCCGACCUCUGCCUGCUGUCCCCCACCUGGCCGUUCUAUCGGUGCGCCUGUCCCACUGGAGUUCAGAUGCUGGAGGACAAAAAGACCUGCAGAAACGGUGCAACUCAGAUGCUGCUGCUGGCCCGACGGACCGACCUGCGGCACAUCUCUCUGGACACACCCGACUAUACUGGCCUUAUCCUGCAGGUGGACGACAUCCGGCACGCCAUUGCCAUCGACUACGACCCAGUGGAGGGAUACGUGUACUGGACGGACGACGACGUUAAGGCCAUUCGCCGCUCGCUGCUGGACGGCAGCAAUGCCCAGUUUGUCGUCACCUCUCAGGUGAACCAUCCCGACGGCAUUGCUGUCGACUGGAUCGCCAGGAACCUCUACUGGACCGACACGGGAACGGACCGCAUCGAGGUGACCCGACUCAACGGCACCAUGAGGAAGAUCCUGAUUUCUGAGGACCUGGAUGAGCCCAGAGCAAUUGUUGUGGACCCUGUAGCCGGGUACAUGUACUGGACAGACUGGGGCGAGGUGCCGAAGAUCGAGCGGGCUGACCUGGAUGGGAUGAAGCGGGUGGUGAUGGUGAACACUUCUCUGGGCUGGCCCAAUGGCCUGACGCUGGACUAUGAUGAGCGCAAAAUCUACUGGGGAGACGCUAAGACAGAUAAGAUUGAGGUCUUGAACAUGAACGGGACGGGCCGACGGGUGCUGGUGGAGGACAAACUUCCCCAUAUUUUCGGCUUCAGUCUGCUGGGAGACUACAUCUACUGGACCGACUGGCAGCGCCGCAGCAUCGAGCGCGUCCACAAACGCACCGCUGAAAGGGAGUUCAUCAUCGACCAGCUGCCCGACCUCAUGGGCCUCAAGGCCACGCAGGUUAACGAGGCCUUUGGGACCAACCAGUGUGCGGAGAACAAUGGCGGCUGCAGCCACCUGUGUCUGCACACACCUCAGGGUGUUCACUGCGGAUGUCCCAACGGCCUGGAGCUCAUCUCCGACCUGCAGACCUGCAUCGUUCCCGAGGCAUUCCUGCUCUUCUCUCGCCACACCGACAUCCGCCGCAUCUCCCUGGAGACCAACAACAACAACGUGGCCAUCCCGCUCACCGGCGUCAAGGAGGCCUCGGCGCUCGACUUUGACGUCACCGACAACCGGAUCUACUGGACCGACAUCACUCUGAAGACCAUCAGCCGGGCCUUCAUGAACGGCAGUGCUCUGGAGCACGUGGUCCAGUUUGGCUUGGACUAUCCUGAGGGGAUGGCAGUGGACUGGCUAGGGAAGAACUUGUAUUGGGCCGACACCGGUACCAACCGCAUUGAAGUGGCCAAGCUAGAUGGACAGCACCGGCAGGUCCUGGUCUGGAAGGAUCUGGACAGUCCACGAGCCCUGGCUCUGGAUCCAGCUGAGGGAUACAUGUACUGGACCGAGUGGGGUGGGAAGCCCAAGAUUGACCGGGCAGCGAUGGACGGAACGAACCGUACCACGCUGGUGUCAGACGUGGGCCGGGCCAACGGACUCACCAUUGACUACGCAGAGCGCCGGCUCUACUGGGCUGACCUGGACACCACGCUGAUCGAAUCGUCCAACAUGCUCGGUCAGGAACGGGAGGUGAUAGCCGAUGACCUCCCUCACCCGUUCGGGCUCACCCAGUACCAGGACUACAUCUACUGGACGGACUGGAGCCAUCGCAGCAUCGAGCGGGCCAACAAGACGAGCGGUCAGAACCGGACCUUGAUCCAGGGCCAGCUGGACUAUGUGAUGGACAUCCUGGUGUUCCACUCUUCCAGACAGGCCGGCUGGAACGCCUGCGCCUCCACCAACGGACACUGCUCCCACCUGUGCCUCGCCGUGCCCAGCAGCUUCGUCUGCGGAUGCCCCGCCCACUUCUCCCUGAACUACGACAACAAGACGUGCAGUGCUCCCAUAUCAUUCCUGCUCUUCAGCCAGAAGGCGGCCAUCAAUCGGAUGGUGAUCGAUGAGCAGCAGAGCCCAGACAUCGUCCUGCCCAUCCACAACCUGAAGAACGUCCGGGCCAUCGACUACGACCCGCUGGACAAGCAGCUGUACUGGAUCGACUCUAAGCAGAAUGUCAUCCGGAGGUCUCAGGAGGACGGGAACCAGAGUAUAACAGUGGUGUCGAGCUCCCUGCUCGGACCCGGGCCCGGUCUUCAGCUGUACGACCUGAGCAUCGACAUCUACAGCCGCUUCAUCUAUUGGACCAGCGAGGUGACCAACGUCAUCAACGUGACCCGGACGGACGGCACCAGGGUGGGCGUGGUGCUGCGGGGCGAGCACGACAAGCCCAGGGCCAUCGUGGUCAACCCGGAGAGAGGGUACAUGUACUUCACCAACCUGCAGGAGCGCUCGCCCAAGAUCGAGCGGGCGGCGCUAGACGGGACGGAGCGGGAGGUCCUGUUCUUCAGUGGCUUAGGAAAACCUGUGGCUCUGGCCAUCGACAACGAGGCCGGAAAGUUGUUCUGGGUCGACUCGGACUUGCGGCGCAUUGAGAGCAGCGACCUGUCGGGAGCCAAUCGGAUCGUGAUCGCGGACUCAAACAUCCUGCAGCCGGUGGGGCUGACGGUGUUCGGGAACCACCUGUACUGGAUCGACAAGCAGCAGCAGAUGAUCGAGCGCAUCGACAAGACGACAAGGGAGGACCGCACCAAGGUGCAGGCGCGAGUCGCCUCCCUGAGUGACAUCCACGCCGUGCACGAACUCAACAUGAAGGAGUACCGGAACCAUCCGUGUACGCGGGACAACGGAGGCUGCUCCCACAUCUGCAUAGUGAAGGGAGACGGUACCACACGCUGCUCCUGUCCAGUCCACCUGGUGCUGCUAUCAGAUGAGCUCACCUGUGGAGAACCACCGACCUGCUCGCCCGAUCAGUUCGCCUGUCUGUCCGGAGAGGUGGACUGCAUUCCCAACACCUGGAGGUGCGACGGUUAUCCCGAGUGCGACGACAGCAGCGACGAGGAGGACUGUCCCGUCUGCUCCGAGUCAGAAUUCCAGUGCGAUAGCCGGCAGUGCAUCGAGCUAGGCCUGCGCUGCAACGGGGAGGUCAACUGCCAGGAUGGGUCCGACGAGAACAAGUGUGAAGUCCGGUGUCCUGCAGACCAGUUCUCCUGCUCCAACGGUCAGUGCAUCGGAAAAUACAAGAAGUGCGACCACAACAUGGACUGCGGCGACAACUCCGACGAGAUCGGCUGCUUUUCAGACGAGACGGAGGAGCCGCCGGCUCCGACCAACAGCACCAUCAGCUCCAUCGUGGCCGUGGUCAUGGCGCUGUUCGUGGUCGGAGCCAUCUACUUCGUGUGCCAGCGUGUCCUCUGUCCUCACAUGAAGGACGACGGGGAGACCGUCACCAACGACUUCGUGGUCCACGGACAGUCGUCGGUACCGCUGGGAUACGUGCCGCAUCCCAGCUCGCUGUCCAGCACGCUGCCAGGUAUAUCCAGAGGAAAGUCUGUGAUUGGCUCCCUGAGCAUCAUGGGCGGCAGCAGCGGCCCACUUUACGACCGCGCUCACGUCACUGGAGCUUCGUCCAGCAGCUCGUCCAGCACCAAGGGCCCCUACUUCCCUCCGAUCCUGAACCCUCCUCCGUCCCCCGCCACCGUGCGCUCCCAGUACACCCUGGAAUUUGGUUAUUCCUCCAACAGUCCCUCCACUCACCGCUCCUACAGCUACCGGCCCUACACCUACCGCCACUUCGCCCCUCCCACCACGCCCUGCAGCACCGACGUCUGCGACAGCGACUACACGCCGGGACGCCGGCCGCUCAAGUCCGCCGCCAAGGGCUACACCAGCGACCUCAACUACGACUCGGAGCCCUUCCCACCGCCGCCGACGCCACGCAGCCAGUACCUGUCGGCGGAGGAGAACUGCGAAAGCUGCCCGCCGUCUCCUUACACGGAGCGCAGCUACUCCCACCACCUGUACCCGCCGCCGCCAUCCCCGUGCACAGACUCCUCGUGAGCGGAGCUCCGCCCCCUCCCUGUAAAUAACAAUUGUUGAUAUCUGAGGUAAAAGGCAACAAAAAAUGGGAAGAGACUGAAACAGUGACGGAGCGAGUUGAUAAAAGGGAAGCGGAGGAACAUUUGUACAGAACAGAGAAAUCAUAUUUAUAUAUUUUCUAUACUGAUUAUGAUGAUGCCACAGAGUUUGUAAUUUGUACAUUUUUAACAGAAGCUUUUAUUAAACUCACCACAGACAAAACGUUGCCUUAAAGCCGGAGAGAACCACGGCGCCGCUCAGUCGGACUCAUCUGAUGCCAAAUUCAAACAGCAGCCACAGGCCCCACCCACUCAGACCCGAAAGCUCAGACUGAGGUUCUGAGGUCAGGAUGGCAUCCCGUCAGGAUGAGGUGCGCUGUCAGAUCCACACUGACCCAGCAGAACCGCUCUGCAGAGCGUCCGUACGGUGACCCGCAUCCUGAUGGGAUUCAAACCAAAUCUGGCGGCUCUGAUCCGCCGCUGUCUGUUCUCACACGGGGAGGAAGAAUCGCUCCUCAUCAUCAUCACAACUUGUGCCUGAGCAGUGCCACAACUACACGUGCUUUUAUUUUGAAAACCCCCACAAACUGCAGUGCCCAGUGAAAGCUCUAUAGUAUUUUUAUACCACAUACUGUGUAGAUAAGUAUUUAUAAGCUAUAUAGGGAAUCAUUGUAAAUGUCUCAUCGACCUCCUGCAGCUCUUCUCAUUCCUCCUCUUUUGAUAUUCCCUCCUUCUAUUUUUCUACAGAACCGACAAUGCUGACAAUCUCAGAACAUAUCCAAGUUUUUACUGUCACGCUCACCUGUGAUGCACUCUUUGUUCCUCAGCAUCAGGUCGCAGGAGUCCGAGGUCACUUCCUGCCCACCAUGGACCCAUUCUCAGUCAGGACCCGCUAUAAGAAUGACCACCAGCACGACUCGAGACAAUCUUUUUAACGGGUUUGAACAGAACAGAGGAGCUUCGGCACAGAUUUUAGAUUUUUAACCUGAAAAGCACAAAGAUGUUUCAGUCCUCAGGGCCUGCAGACAACAGGAAAACGAGUGGAGUCGGCCGGUUUAAAGGCUUUGUUUCUUUUCCCUCAUUUUAAAUUACUGACCAAUCGGUGUCUGUCCCUGGACCAUCAGAACCUGCCCGGCAACCAUGGGAAGCGCUCAUUGGCUCAUUUCUAUGAAGACGUCAAUGAGUUUGAAACGUUAAGACCAAGUAGCUGUUGUGCUUGGACACACUGGACCAUGUCAGUUGACUCAUCCUUUUGGCCGUUUCCUGUCUCCAUGCGGCCUUACGGCCAGCUGACAGUUCUGAGUCUCUGUAUGGCCUCAGCAUCAGUUGUUUUGACGCAAGCCAGACUCCGUACAGCCAGUUUUUGGUAGAUCUGAUCCUCCAUACAGCCUCAACUAAAAGCCUUGGCCCAGAAAGACUUCCGUAUAACCUUAAAUACACCCUUCAGGGUAGUCCUGAGCCUCUGUAGGUUCUCCACACAUAGUUUCUGGUUGUCCUGAGACUCCGUACGUUCUCUUAGCCAGGUUUUUGGCAGUUAGAAGCCCACCUCUGGCCUUAACAUGUAGUUUCUGGGCCUCCUGAGACUCCGUAGCCUCCAGGCGUCCUCCAGCUGAUGUUGCCUGUAUUUCAGUCCUGCUCCUCCUACUCUGUGUGCUCUCUUAUGUUGGAAAGGUUCUCGUUUCUGCACUUUACAAUGCUUUCUUGUCUGAUUUUAUUCGGUACAAAGUGACUGAAACUGAUGUGUUUGGGCAGAUUUUACAGUCCGCUCGGUGCCGGGUCGGUUUGUAAAAUCUGGGACAUCAGAUGUGAACAAAACUGUCAAACCUCUUUAAGCUGAACUGGAAUCAAACCUGUGAUCUGAUUUAAAAGCCACUAAUAAACCAUUCGAGGGGAAAUAAUUCCAGUAGUUCCAGUAAAGUAAAUGGGAACUGUUGAUCAGAUGGUGGUGUUCAUGCGUUUUAUAUUUGAAAUGUGAAGAAGAUUUUUCACAGAUUUCCACCAAAUAUGCUCCGUUUGUUUUUGGAGGACUUUCUGUUUGACUCCUGGAAAAAGACAACAUGAUGAUGAUGAUGAUGAUGCUUUGCUCAUUUAUCCUGCAGGCUCUAUUUAGGCCUGCAGGUGGUGCUGUUGGACAGAGUGGAAGUGGACAAUAAAGGUUAACAGGAAAAGCACUUUUAUUCUCCAGGAAUCCUUCUUUGGUUUGGAUCCGAUGGUGUCCUCGGGUUCAGCCCCUCCAGCUGCCACUAUAAGCUGUUAUUACUCAUCACAUGCUGAUUUUGUUUCUUUUUGUUAAAUAUAAACUGAGUGAAAUUUU